GUGGAGCCUGUGGAGGGUGGAGUUCAGGGUGGGAACAGACCUCAGCAGGUAUAAUCAUAUAGAGUCCACUUUGUGAAGCAGCCAUUUCCUCCCAGGGAGCUGAUCUCUGUAAACCGGAGACCAGUUCUAACUUCUAGGAGAUCUCCAGAAUUCACCUGGAGGUUGGCAACUUGGAGAUCCUUUGUCUCUUCAGUCACUGGGCCUAAGAUAACAUUUGGUCAGCUUAAUAGCAGUCUCACUAAAAAAAACCAGCGUGUUUUGUGUUCUGUUCCUGAAGGGCAAACCGUUCUCCUCCAUCUUUUAGCAUCUUCAAAAUAAAAUGACUUGGCCUGAAAUAAGAUCUCCUGAGGACAUUUUGAGGAAAAAGCUGUGCAAAAUUCCUUCCCAAGACGCCCGUUUUUGCAUCCUCAGGAUGUCUUAUUUGGGCUGUGCAGAAUGGGCAAGAUUUUUGUGUUCCCAAAUUCACCAGUACCUUUUUUUCCCUUUUAAGCUUUAUGGUUACUGUUUUAAUGUAUCUUAUCCUUUUUGUUUUAUUUUAUUUACUUUAUGCUGGUCUAUGACUGUAAGAAAGAUUGAUGACGAGGACCAAACACAUCCACUUUUGUUGAAACACACCUUUUUAAAAAAGUUGUAACCAUCUAGUUCUAUCACCACCUCAAUUGAAUGGCAGCGUUUAUUUCACAGAGGUAGAGUCAUUCGUUGCCUAGAGCGUUACCAGGGAGAUGGUCAACGGAGAACCUGAGACCAAGGCCUGUCAUAGGGUUAAGUGUUCUGCUCUGCACAUGCAGAGAUGGAAACUUAGGAGAGCUCACAUUUGCUCUUGGACAAAACAUGUGAAAGAGAGCCAUGUUUACUUCGUACAGCGGUGCACAGGAAUGGUACCUUCCCAGCUGGAGAGUAGAGCCAAAAUACUCUACUGACGUGCUCAUCGGCAACUGGCUGGAAGAAAGGAGAAAGUUUAUACAAGAUCCCGAGAAAACCUGUAAGACCGUAUACAGAAGAGACUAUGUUCGAUUCCCCACUGAGGUUCCAGAUCGAACAGUGAUGAGGAAAAAUAUUAAAAAACUGAGCGGGCUGCCAAAGAAAUGUUUAUUGACUCAUCACAACGAAACCAAUGACCGAUACUUAGUAUCGCUAUAUGAUGAUAAUUUUAAUCGGCACGGUUACAACCCUUUACUGCCACCGCUUCGCAAGUGGAGCAGACACAAAAGCUCUUGGAUUCCUGAGAAAUUAGAUUUUCCAAUUGUCGAACCUCCGACAAACUAUGGCCUUUUUGAACAUCUCAUGAAGAAAUGGAGCAACAAAGAUCCAGCAGUGAUGAACAGUGUCUACACUGUUACCUACACCAAGCCUCCGAUUUCUGCUUACCCAGUCCACCAGCACCCCAUUACUUCUCACCUCUCUAUCCCCAGCCACGGGCAUUUGCGCCCGAGAACUAGCGAUGGUUAUCUGUGAAAGGGCACCAAAAAACUACGUUAACCCCACAGCAGUGGAUUAAAUUCAGCACUUUUACAUAAAUGAUAUUUUAAAAGUUGUGUUGUGUGUCCUCCUGUAAGAAAAUGGGGGCAGUUCAAUUACUGGCAGCAAAAUAGUAUCACCUGAGGCCUAUCAAGCUUGAUUUGGGUUUUCCUCUUCUUCCUGCAGGUAUUUUGUCUAGGGCUAGGUAGAGUCAGAAGUGCAAUCUUUUCAGGGAGCCGAGAGAGGAAGAAGGGGACCUCCACAACGUGACUUUUAGGGCGAGGGUCAUAACUCAGUGGUAGAGAAUCUGCU